CCUUCUGGAAUCGCAGCUCAUAAACAGCACUCUAUGCGAUAACCGUGGCCACGAGCUCCUCGCGAUUGUGCCCGAACCCGAGCUCCUGGCGAACCCCCAAAUCCUCUCCCGACUUGACUCGCUCACGCGCCGCCGCGCGCCCGUCCUCUCUUCUCGGCGAUCGGGGAUCGAGGACUUCGCGCCUCGGCUCUUCCUCCUCGUCUCUCCGCCAAGAUCGGCGCCUCUUCUCGCCGGACGUGGUUCUCUCCUGGUAGCAUGGCUGACCAAUUCAGUGGGGAGGGUUCCUCCAGCACCAGUUUUUUCUCGGGGGAAAGUUCAGAUUCAAAUAUUAAGCUGAACAUAAAGACUCUGGAUUCACGAAUUUUCAAUUUUCAGGUGGACAGAAAUAUCCCGGUUUCAGCAUUCAAGGAAAAAAUAGCAAAUGAUAUGGGCAUCUCGGUAGGUCAGCAGAGGUUGAUUUUCAGGGGAAAGGUUUUGAAGGAUGAGCAUCCUCUUUCUGAGUACCAUGUGGAAAAUGGUGACACUUUGCAUUUAGUUGAAAGACAACCGACACAGUCACAGCCUUCUUCUGCAUCAGGGGCUGUCGAGCCUAGUGGUGGUAAUGUCAACCAAGGGACUGAUACAAGUGCUGGUCCCCCCAGGAGUCGUAUUGGCCAAAUCUCCCACAGUGUAGUUCUUGGGACCUUCAAUGUUGGGGAUCAAGGUGAAGGUGUUGUACCAGACAUGUCUCGGGUCAUUGGUGCUGUUCUCAAUUCUAUUGGACUUGGUGGUCUAAAUGCUACAAAUGGUAGUGGCAACAUGCAAUCCCCUGUGUCGUUCAAUGUUCCUGGUCGAGGUCCCCAUGGAAAUGAGUCUGAGGCGACUGGUGCUGGCAGUCGAAACCAAGCUGGAAAUCAGCCAUCAAGUGGACAAUCAUUUUCCAAUCAACCAUUCCAGUCUCCACCUCAAGUUGUGCAAAUUCCCUUAGCAGCAGCAACAGCGGCAAUACCUAUUCCUUCACUCAAUGCGCCACUUCCUGAUUCUUUGAACACGCUUUCAGAGUUCAUGACCCGCAUGGAGCAGUCAUUCACACAAAAUGGGUAUCCGCCGAAUUCACCCUCCCCCAAUCUUGAAGAACUAGGGCCCAAUGCUCGGGGAUUGCCUUCUCUGGAAGCAUUAAGCAUUGUUCUGCGUCAUGCUGAGCGUCUUCUUGGUGGUCAGUCAGUAGCUGCAAUCUCUCAUUUUGCAGGGCACUUGGAGAAUGAGGGAGGAUCUUUGGAUCCUUCAGUGAGGGGGCAAAUACAAACAGAGGCAUCUCAAAUUGGGAUUGCAAUGCAACAUUUAGGUGCUCUUUUUCUGGAGCUUGGGCGAACUAUGCUGACUCUGCGUAUGGGACAAUCUCCUGGGCAAGCUUUUGUGAAUGCUGGGCCUGCAGUGUACAUCAGGCCUUCGGGGCCUAACCCUAUUAUGGUUCAGCCUUUUCCCCUUCAGACCAACCCUCUUUUUGAGGGUACAGUUCCCCCAUCAAACCCGGUAGCCUUUGGUCCUGUUGGCAUUGGGAGUCCUCCAAGGCACAUAAACAUUCAUAUUCAUGCUGGUGGCACCUCGCUCGCUCCAAUUGUUUCAGCUAUUGGUAGCAGGGCGAAUAAUUCAGAAGGGAUGCUGGGUCAACGCGGAGAUACUGCUGGUUCUGGUGGUUCAGGGGCAUCACGUCCUGCUAGUAGUGUUGCUGCAGCAUCUUUUCACGCACAACCUAGUGGUCUCGGAGGCUCAAAUGCACCACCAUUGAGUGUAGCUGUUUCUACGACACAGCCAAAUUCUGAAUCUGCUCCAGCGUCGUCUCUCAUAUCUGAAAUUAACUCCCGCCUUAGAAACUUAGCUGGCAAUAUACAGGAAGGGAGGAACGAGACGCAGUCAGAGUUGAAUGUGGAGAAUCCAGCUGUUGGAUCUGCCGAGGCUACUGUAUGGUCAGAUAAUAUGGCAGUCGAUCGAGUUGGGGAACCCACUGUUUCCUCAGGUGCGUCACUUGAGGAAAGUGAACACAAGGAGUCAAUGGAUGUGACUUCAAGAUGUCCACCUAGCUGUCCAUCAGGAAGCUCUCCGACGUGUUCAAGUCAAGAUGCCGUUAUUAUAAAGUCAGAAGGUGCUGCAAGUCACAAUGAAAAGCAUGAUGUUCGUGAGGAGUCACAUGUCCCAAAGGGAUUGGGGCUUGGAAGUUUGGAGAGGAAGCGACGGGGGAGGCAAUCAAAACCCCCAGCCAAGGAAGACAAUGGAACAUCAAGUGCUCCCAUUGAUCAAAAUCAGCUCAUCAGAUCCAGUGGGCAACAGAUUUUGCAGUCUCUGUUAUCUCAAGGUUUGUCUGUAAACAGAGCAGAGGCAAAUAAUCGACCAGUGGGGGCAUCAGCUACUGCUUCUGUACAAGUUAUGGAAGAUUCAUCACAAGGACGACAAGGUCCUGAUAGCCAGGUUGAUAUGGGAGGUCUCAUGUCUCAGGUUCUGCAUAAUCCUGCAUUAAAUGGUCUGCUAGCGGGGUUUUCGGAGCAAACGGGGGUUGGUUCUCCUGAUGCCUUGCGAAAUAUGAUGCAACAGCUCACUCAGAGUCCUGUAAUGAUGAAUGCUGUAAAUCAGGUUGCUAGACAGGUUGACCGCCAAGAUCUCGGUAAUAUGUUUGCCGGGAUGGGAGGCCAAGGUGGUGGAAUUGAUCUGUCUAGAAUGGUCCAGCAGAUGAUGCCCAUUGUGUCUCAAGCUUUAGGUGGUGUCUCAAAUGGCAGUUCAUUGUUCUCGGAAUUCGAAUCUGAAUUUCAGAGACCUUCCAAUGAGAAUAGACCUAACGGAGACUACGUGACUGGUGAUUCUGUUGAUCAGGUCAACAUGGAACAUGUAAUUAGGAACAUUGAAGACUUACAUCCUCCGUUAGAUGUAUUUAACUCAAUGGUCGAAAAUGCAAGUCGGGUGUAUGGCAACAGAAAUGAUUCUGAAGACAUUGUGGUCGCACUUCGUGGAGAUGAGAAUCUAGCAAGGGAGUAUAUCGAGUUGCUGCGUCGUGAUGUGCAGCAGCGGCUGCAGGGUGACUCAAGGCAAAUGUAGGUACUGGUAAUAUAGCUGUCAAGAUGGAUUUGGGCUAAGUUUUGAGGCCGCUUUGGAUUGUCCAUGAGCGUCCAGUCAAAGACUUUGUACAGAUAUGUCUCAGGCUUAUAGGAUAUAACAAUGUAGUCAUAUAUAGGUGUCAGUGAACCUGAGCGUCUGCUUUUCUGAUGUAUAUUUAAUUAUAACGGUUGCCUUUUGCUGUUGUGUACCUUCAUAUAUUUUCUGCCAUUACAUUGUUCCCUUUGAGUUC